GCGCCAUCGCCCGUUACAUUAGCUCGGCGGCUAGAAGAAAGCUAGCUCUCUGUUCACGGGGGCGAACAGCUUGUGUUCCAACCGGACGACCUAAGUAACAAUUUGAGCGCUUUUCCUGAAACCAAGACAUUUUGCUCGUUAAGGUCGUGUAUAAAUCGUGAGGGGCGAAGGUGAAGGUCGAGACACCAGCCCAAACUGAAACCAGCCCCCAGUGUCACACAUCAGGCAGACGACAUCCCUGCACACAGACGCUAUGGAUCGUUCACCCUCAUCCUCCAGCCUGAUGGCGAGCAGCAACGUCACCAACAAGACUGACCCACGCUCCCUCAACUCCCGUGUCUUCAUUGGGAACCUCAACACUCUGCUGGUCACGAAGGCUGAUGUCGAGGCCAUCUUCUCCAAAUAUGGCAAGAUCGUUGGCUGCUCUGUCCACAAGGGAUACGCCUUUGUUCAGUACGCCAAUGAGAGGAACGCCCGAGCUGCUGUCGGCAGCGAGGACGGGAGGAUGAUUGUCGGACAAGUACUUGACAUCAACUUGGCAGGUGAACCGAAACCACACAGAUCAAAAAGCACCAAGCGCUCUGCUGGAGACAUGUACAGCAGUUCCUCAUUUGACCUCGACUAUGAUUUUCAAAGAGAUUACUAUGACAGAAUGUACUCAUACCCGUCCCGCGUCCCUGCUCCUCCUCCCCCUCUGUCGCGGGCCGUGAUCCCGUCCAAACGUCCCCGGGUCAGUCUGAGCGGAGGAAGCAGCCGGAGAACCAAGAGCAGUUUCUCUUCCUCAUCCAAGAGCAGCCAGAGAACUUCCUCAUCCAGAACAAUGAAAGCGGACGAGCUGCAGACCAUCAAGCGCGAGUUGACCCAAAUCAAAAGCAAAGUGGACGACCUGCUGGAAAGCCUGGAGCGCAUGGAGAAGGACCACAGCAAGAAGUCGGAAGCUAAGAGCAUAAAAACAGAGCCGGGAGAGGUAACUUCACCUCCUCACCCGAGCAACAAGAAGGAUGAUGGGGUAAAGAGAGACAGAGAGAGCCAGGACUUGAAUGACUCGGAGGAAGAGGAGGAGGAAGAAGAGGAGGAAGAGGAAGGAGAGGAGGGAGACCUGCUGGAGGAGGAAGAGGUGAAGAGUCAAGAGAGGGGGGAGGAGGAGGAGGAGGAAGAGGAGGAGGAAGGGGAGCACGUGGAGGGAGACGACGAUGCCGACAGCGUGAACGGCGAUGAGGACUCAUAGGACGACGGCGACGCAUGCAGCGAACUCGGACUCUUGUUUUAACACUCAUGUGGUAGAUAGAAAAGCGAACGUGCACACAGACACACACACAAGCAUGGUGCGCACACGCUGUUCAAACAUUGUCCCCUCUCUUUCUUUUUCUUUUGGUGAACUUUUUUGCCUGUCGUCCGGUAUCACUGUAACAGGAAGAACUAGCUGUAGGUUUGUGUAUUUCAUUGCUUGUCUUCAGGUGAAGGCAGGAACAUGAACUGUGGAUGUUCUCAGAGACGACAGCUCGACGGACAUGUCUUAAAUGCCGGGAUGGAAAAUUCAGCUCCAGAAGAACGUUUUAAAUUUUCAGUGUGUUUGUUUUUCCUCAUCAGUGAGUUUGAACUUGUCUGUAUGUUAAUGUCAGUUUUUUUUAUACUAUCCAGUUUCAGUUCAACUGUAAAGGAAUAAAUUGCAAUAAAAUAUUAAAAUGCA